UGUUCUGGAUAGGUAGGAGUUUAACCUGUUACAGAACCUAGGACGAAGCUGCGCUAGGGUCACUCUUGUUUUACUUAAUUCCCAACAUUACCUGUUCUACGAUCCCGGAAUUGACCAGAACUUUAUUCGACCAAGGGCUGCCAUUUCGACGAUCUAACCCUGUUUGAAUCGCGAGUGCCCUUGACCACGGAAAGCAACCAUUAUAUCACCAUAUUAAAAUGGCACAGCAACAUAGACCUACUACACUGACAGCCGUCAACUAUCAGCGGAUAUAUCUCACUUUGGUGCUGUCAAUUGUGUGGUUGGUGAGUGACGCUUGCGCAGCGCCGAUGGUGAAUGCGUUGGCGGGCAUACCGCAGUACGGCACGCGUCAACAGGCCGAUAAACAACUGACAUUGUUGAACGAAUUGUUUAACAACGUUAAUGAUGAAGCACUCCUCACUGAAUUGAAUUUUUUUUUCCAGAAAAAAUAUCGUCGGGAGCAGCCCAAUUAUCUGAGUAAGUGGCCCGGUUUACGCGAUCUCGUGCUAAUGUCUGACUACGCGGACAUCGUUCUCAAUACCGAUGAUGCGGACGACAACUACGAGUUGCCAAGUUUCGAAGAGCAUCUAAAGCAGAUUUCAACAAAUGCGCUAGAUGGCACUGAGGUUGCACAUGAUUCUUCAGCAGGCCGGAAAGACAAUAUUGCAUUCAAGAAUCAAGGUGUUAAGAAGAAUUUACAAUUACACAAACAAUCAGAUAUGUCGCCUUGCCACUUCAAAAUCUGCAACAUGGGACGCAAACGGAAUGCCCGCUACUUCGAGGACUAAGUACAGUUAGUUACAUGAUGUCGCUAAUGUCACAUUUGUCUAAUAAAAAAU